AAUGGCUCGGUUCCACUCAUAAAUAAUACAUUUUCCCUGUAAUCUGUACAUUAAUAUUUCGUGCAUAUAAUUUAAAUUGUAUAUUUUUUAAUAUAGAUAUCGAUAUUGAUAACUUCGCUUCUACCGUGUAAUUUAUCGUUUUAUUUAUUGAGGUAUAACGUUAUAAUUAAGAAUUACAAAUUUGAUGUAGCAUUUAACUACGAUCACAUUAAUCGUAUGACUUUGCAGUCAUAUAAACUUAAACGAUAUUGAAUAUAUUAUCUUUAGUAUUAGUAAAUUACCAUAUGGAUAAUGGAUGUGCUCGUAUAUACACAUCUGUGUACAGCUGAGGAUACACCAAACACAUAAGUACAUCAAGUGUAUGGAUUUAUAUGUUCAGCCUACUGAAUUGAAAACUAUGGAGAACGACAACGAAAUAACAUUUGAUUCUAAUGAAAUUCAAAUAUAUAAACCUAUUGCUGCGGUCAACAGUAGGAUUGAAAAUUUCUUAAAGAGAAAGAGAGAUGAAAAUCAUGACAGAAAUACCAGGGUUUAUUGUAACUCAAUAUCUAGCAGGAAUUAUUCUGGUGCUUCUAGAACGUGUAAUACAAUAGAAGCGAAACGUCAGAAAGGAUCUGAAUGCUUUGUAAAAAAGACGAAAGUGUAUAAUAAUGUAGGACCACUGAAUAAUGGUGGUUUGGAUCCAGCUAGCGUAAACAGUUACAAUUUAUCAAAUAAUAUAAAUUCUGUUGGAUUAAAACCAGAUGUGCAUGAAAGAAUAUCAAACAUAGAAACAGUAUUAAAUAUUAAAAGUGAUGGUCAAAGUAACAUUGAUAUUUAUCACAAACUAAAAUCCUUAGAAGAUCAUGUAUUAAAACUGGAGAAUAUUUUAUUAAAUAUCAAUGAAAAUUACUCGUUAUCAAAUACUUUUUCUGUUGAUAAAGAUACAGGAAUUAUAAGACACAAUUUAAAGACCGAUGAUCUUAUUACACAGAAAAAACUUGCUUCGGAAGAUAAUUUUAUAAGAAAAGAAAUGAAACCAAGAGUAUUACCAAAAAAAUCGAAAUAUUCUGCCAAUGAAAUACAAGACCUCAUUAACAAUUUCAAAAGAAUUGAUGAAAACAAAAAAAAAUCCUUGAAUCAAUAUUAAAUACAUAAGACUUUUAUAUUUAUCUUAUCAUGUAAAAACAUUAAAAAUAUCUGGUACUUCUAUUACUUA